CUCCAAGGAUAAUCCGCAAACACUACGUUAUGCAUAAAUUCCUCUGAGUGGGCUAACUACUAUGUGCCACGUGAACUGCUGCCCCUCCCUCCUCCAGUGGUAGCUGCAAUUUUCUUCUACGCUUCUCCCCUAUAUAUUCCCCUUCCCUCUCAUAUCUCGAUUCCUAAAUUGUUUUUGCAAGGCUUAAUUAAGGGAGAGUCUCUCCAUUACGCCUCGGGUCUCUUGAGCCUACACCAUGGCCACUGGACAACUCUUCUCUCGUACUACACAGGCUUUGUUUUACAAUUACAAGCAGCUUCCCAUCCAGCGCAUGCUUGAUUUUGAUUUCCUUUGCGGGAGAGAAACUCCAUCUGUGGCUGGAAUUAUUAACCCUGGUGCAGAGGGAUUCCAGAAGCUCUUCUUUGGUCAAGAGGAAAUUGCCAUCCCUGUACAUUCAACUAUUGAAGCAGCUUGUGCAGCUCACCCAACGGCUGAUGUAUUUAUUAACUUUGCAUCAUUUAGAAGUGCAGCUGCAUCAUCCAUGGCUGCCCUGAAGCAGCCUACCAUUCGAGUUGUGGCUAUAAUAGCUGAGGGAGUUCCUGAGUCUGACACCAAACAUUUAAUUGCAUAUGCACGGUCCAACAAUAAGGUUGUCAUUGGCCCAGCUACUGUCGGAGGCAUUCAGGCUGGAGCAUUCAAGAUAGGUGACACUGCUGGAACAAUUGAGAACAUAAUUGCUUGCAAGCUGUACAGGCCCGGAUCUGUUGGAUUUGUGUCCAAAUCUGGUGGUAUGUCAAAUGAGCUAUACAAUACAAUUGCCCGUGUUACAGAUGGUAUAUAUGAAGGUAUUGCAAUUGGAGGAGAUGUGUUUCCAGGCUCCACUCUUUCUGAUCAUGUUUUGCGGUUUAACAAUAUCCCACAGGUUAAGAUGAUGGUUGUACUUGGGGAACUUGGUGGACGAGACGAGUAUUCCCUUGUUGAAGCCCUCAAACAGGGAAAGGUGACCAAACCAGUAGUUGCUUGGGUCAGUGGAACUUGUGCUCGGCUCUUCAAAUCAGAAGUGCAAUUUGGCCAUGCUGGUGCUAAAAGUGGUGGUGAGAUGGAGUCUGCUCAAGCAAAAAAUCAAGCACUAAAGGAUGCUGGAGCUGUAGUUCCCACUUCAUAUGAAGCUUUUGAGACUGCAAUUAAGGAAACAUUUCAGAAGCUGGUUGAAGAGGGUAAGAUUGCACCUGUAAAGGAGAUUAAACCUCCUCAAAUCCCUGAAGAUCUUAACACAGCAAUUAAGAGUGGCAAAGUUCGGGCUCCAACUCAUAUUAUUUCCACAAUAUCUGAUGAUAGAGGUGAAGAACCAUGCUAUGCUGGUGUGCCAAUGUCUUCCAUUGUUGAACAGGGUUAUGGUGUUGGUGAUGUCAUCUCUCUGUUGUGGUUCAAACGCAGCCUUCCACGAUACUGUACUCAUUUCAUUGAGAUAUGCAUCAUGCUAUGUGCUGACCAUGGUCCUUGUGUCUCUGGUGCUCACAACACUAUAGUAACAGCAAGAGCUGGAAAGGACCUUGUUUCUAGCCUUGUCUCAGGUUUGCUCACAAUUGGUCCCCGCUUUGGUGGUGCUAUUGAUGAUGCUGCGCGAUACUUUAAGGAUGCUUAUGACAGGGGUUUAUCACCCUAUGAGUUUGUUGAAGGCAUGAAAAAGAAGGGUAUUCGUGUCCCUGGAAUUGGGCACAGGAUUAAGAGAGGUGACAACAGGGAUAAAAGGGUAGAGCUCUUACAGCUGUUCGCUCGCACACAUUUCCCUUCUGUAAAGUACAUGGAGUAUGCCGUUCAAGUUGAAACCUAUACUCUAUCGAAAGCCAAUAACCUGGUGCUCAAUGUUGAUGGUGCGAUUGGGUCUCUUUUCUUGGAUCUUCUUGCUGGCAGUGGAAUGUUUACCAAACAGGAGAUAGAUGAGAUUGUUGAGAUCGGUUACUUGAAUGGGCUCUUCGUGUUGGCACGCUCCAUUGGUUUGAUCGGGCACACAUUCGACCAGAAGAGAUUGAAACAGCCUCUGUACCGUCACCCAUGGGAGGAUGUUCUCUACACCAAGUGAGAGAAUUGCAGAUGGCAGUGUUGUUCUUUUGACAGGCUGAGGGGCCAUAAUUGUAACAUGUAUCAGAAGAGUUUACAAGCUAAGUUCUGACCAUUUUAUUCAGAGAAAUGUUGCCUUGGAAGUGAUUUUUUUUUUUUAAAAAGAUGCUUAUGUGGAAAAGUUUUACCCACAUUGAUUCUAGGGUCCGUUUGGUUCGCUAAUUUGUGUUACUUUCCACUUGGUUGUAAUAUUAAAAAAAUAAAAAUAUUAGAAAGGAAGUGAUUUUCUUUGCAA